UGUUCAAAACUGGAAAAAUUCACUUUUCCAUGAAUUUGUCUAGAGUUUCCAUAUCCAGAUAUAUAUAUAUUGCAUCAUCCCAAAUGAGCAAAUAAUGCACAUGCAAAUGAUUCAAUGCAUGUCAAUUUUGAUUGCAAAAAAUGUGAGGAAAAUUAAAAGAAACUUACGAUGGUUGGUGGCUGAACCUUUUACCUCCUUCACAUGUUUUACUUUUCCUCCUCCUCGUGUCUAAUGUUUCCUAGGAAAAACUAGUCAAGACAAAGGAUGGAGUUUUGAGGCAAUCUUCUCUCCCAGAAAAUCCCCUAAAGAAUCUGCAGUUUUCGAUGUACUUGUUGAAGUGUAUUAUCACCCAUUUUCGGAAUUUCAAUAAAGCUUUUCCGCUCAAAUGGCGAGGAACUCAACAAAUCCUGCACGGAGAGUGCGAUCCUUUUUCAAGCCCCUAGUUGAUGAUGACUUCUCUCGGCAUUUGUGCCUGCCACCUUUAUUCAUGGAGAAUUUCAAUGGACGGCCUCCCUGCAAAUGCACUCUUAGAAGCCCGAGUGGAGAAUCGUGGACAGUAGGAUUGGAAGGGAGAAAGGAUGGAAAGUUUUUCUUCCGCAAGGGUUGGCGUCAUUUCGUGGAGGAUCAUCUCUUAGAAAUUGGAAAUUUCUUGGUUUUUGAGUACGAUGGCCACACAAAGUUUGAUGUCAAAAUCUAUAAUCCAACUGGAUGCGAAAAGGAGGAAGCUGCAGCUGCCAAGAAGACAACUGGAAAUCAAGCUAGAAUUCGCAAACGAAAGAAAAGCAUGUCAUACGAGCCUGCUGAUGUGAAACAAACAUCAGAUGGACUCAUCGUGUUCAGAUCCAAGUAUACAUGCUUCGAAGGAGAUGUGUCGAAGAACCCUUAUCGAAUGACCGUACCGAAGGAACUAGCUGUAGCAGUAGGUCUCAUAAAAAAGGAGAGGGUGAGACUUAUAGAUCCAAAUGGGAAGUCAUGGAAAGUUAAGCUCCGGCUCGAUAAUACAAAGUAUAGUAGCGGCCAUUUGCGCAUGACGGAAGGGUUGAUUGCAUGUUGGCGUGCGAACAACGUUUCAACCGGGGACACCGUCGUGUUCGAGCUUGUCAAUAAAAAGAGAAGUGAAAUGAAGAUUCAUUUCUUCAGAGCUGAAGCCGGAGUAAAGAGGCCACGUCUAGUACUUGAACGUGAUGCCUCUGACCCUGAUGUGGAAAACUAAAGCUAGUAUUUACGUUAGAUUAGACUCUCGCAUCGCAAUACUCAUCGGUUGUAAUAUUUUAAACGUGGAUCCACAAAAUUAAAUAGAGACGUGCAAAAUGAGAAAUGAGUGUGGAAA